UCCAAACCUGGUAAUAGCUCAAAGUAUAACCCAACGUCUCCAUCAUUCGCACAUGCACCUUCUAGUGCUAACACCACUACUUUCACCAGUAGCGUCAAUCCUUCUGGAUCAUCUAAAGGUGGUCUUACCAAGGAUAUUUCUACCGUUUUAGAGUUUAAUGGUGACGCAUGGCAAGCCCUCUGCGUUAAAGUCUUACCUUUAUUCAAUGGUGAGAAUAUGAUUACACCAAUUGAGGACCUGAAUACACUAGUAAUACUGCAUAUUAAAGAUACAAUCGCUCGUUCGAAACCAUCACGCGUUAUUGAAUCACUAUCAAGCGAUUUCAAUGCCCUGAUUAGCAAUGGUAUGCUCACUUUACGAGCAAAAUUAUCACAGCAUGUAGACGAAGGUAGCGAGCGUUUAGCGACACGGCUCACAGAAAUAUGGACAUUCUUUUUUGGUCAAGUUCUACCACUGCUUGAGGGUGUCUUUUUACCUUAUAGCACUGAUGAUCAUAUUCAAGCUCUGUCAAAGUCCUCCACAGUCAACUCUGUCAAAGCUAACGAAGGAUCUAACCAUAAUCACUCUUAUUCAAUUGAUUCUGACAAUUUGAAAUCAAAACACUCAACGGCAGCGUCAGUUAUGAAUGUACGCAAAUCUGUUUUAAGAGGAUUCAGAGACCAGCUGAUUAUACCACUGUUUUCUUCACUUGAGAAGUUGUUCUUGGAUCUAUGCGAUGAUGUCAUUCCAGCUACGCCUACAUCAGGUGGCCUCCAAUCAAAGCAGUCUUUAUCUUCAUUGAAAUCAGCCCAUCAGGCGAUUCCCGAUUCUUUGCCUUCAACAGCAGCGGCGAUUGCUGCGAGUUCAUCACAACCGACGACGAGCGCGUUCAGUCCAGUCCCCCGUUUACAGCAAAUGACUUUAGUAUUGUCAUCAAUUCGUGCAUUUGACAAUGCUCAGGAUAAUGUAGAAAGACUAGCUAGAAUUCUGAGAAGAUGCUACGUUGACGACGUUCAGGAUCAACCUACUUCAAGUUCUGCUGGUAGUUUGUUAUUCAGAUCAACACAGACAAGUAUGAGUAUGUCACCCUUUGCUGAGCGUUUACUGGGUAAGAGAAGAGAUAGAAGGGGCUGGAUCCGUAAAAAGUCUAGUAAUGCAAAUGCAUCCAGUACUGACGAUCAUCUUGACGAUGUCGGCGGUGGACUUUACGAAUUAUCUUUAGAACGUGAACCUACGCAAAGAGACAGUGAAGAUGAAUGGUUAGAUACACUACGAUCACCAAAUGUGUCCCCAGCAUAUGUCAGUACACCAACGACGAACACGCAUGCUACAGAAAAGCAGCGAAACAAACCACCACCUAUUAUAGCGCCUCGGGGCUCAAGCUUGGCAUUUGCUGGCAAUGCAGAUGAUGCCAGCUCGUCCGACGAAGAUGAUUUGUCAGUUGAAUUUCGACCAGUCGAUGAAUUACCGCGUGUGAGCACACAACCAGACCUUAGCAGGGUAAAUGAGGAUGAUUCGAAUGAUUCGGAAGGUGCAGAAUACUUGGGACAGAGAUUGAUGGGUGAAGGAAGUCGAUCAAGUGAGGAAAAGACACAAGAAACUGUAGUCCAACUCGCAAGGUCACCGGUUGAGGAUUCGUUAAAGAGAUGGGAGAGAGCCCAGAAGGAGCUUGAAGAAAUGCUAGGUAUGAAUGACGAACCAACGCCGACACUGAAUAGUGAUCACCGUUUUAGCAAGCCAUUACCACCAUCACCGAAACUUGUUGGUCUCGAUCUGGAAUCCGAGCCUGAAGAAGAGUAAA